AUGGCGAAGAGCAUUCAGAGUUUCGAGCAGUGGGGCUAUGUCGUUGAUCCCAACGCCAGAGGCUUCAAGCAGGUGGUAUUCUCUGGUCAUGAGAAACACUGUAACAUUUACCACCAAGCCGCUGUAGACCCUAUGGUCCCCGUCAACACCUUUACUGUCACACAGGACAGGACACUACUCAAGAUUCCGCGUGCUUUCAAUAACCACCCGGACAUAGACGCCCGUCCAAAGGCGGCAAAGCUCAGUCUUCGAGACCAGAUCGUUUCGUACUGGUCACUGGUCGAACACAGAGACCUCAAGCACCUUAAACAGAUCAAGUACACUGGUGUGAUCGAGGAGAACCUCCAGGGCUACAUCGAGCAGGUGUACGACAUGAUGGGUGUGGCGGAUGAGUACGAACAGCUGACGCUCAGACCAACGGACCAGGCUUUCCAAUUGCUUUUGACCCGAACCCCGUUCAUGGCUGGCGUGCAGAAAAUGCUCAACGAGUAUGCCGACAAGUUCGGAGGUAAGAGAAUCGCAAGCUGUCACUUUGACCCAGUCGGCGGUUUUGAUAUCUUCGACUUCACUAUCAACCUCACCUAA